UGCGCGAUCUUCUUGCCUAUACACACAAAUCAAUCUAUACAGAGAUCAAACUUUGGAAUCCUCCGAUAUUUAAAUUAGCUGUAUACGAGCAUUACAGGCAACGGUCAGUUAAUUCACUAGUUGCAGAUCGGCCAUAUGCGCCACUCGAAUACCCGAUCCGAAUAGGCUCUAUUUUACAACCCGACCCGAAUAGGCUUUGGUUUACAGCCCGACCCGGAUGCUAUAGUAAAUAGGCUACCUCCACGGACUAGAUUUAUUGAAAAAGCGAAAAACGGAGGAAAAUAUCUUCACUAUCUUCUUGCAAAACCACCUAUUCGAAUCUUACUACCAUGGCAUCAGAUGCAGACACCCAGCCUCGGCCACGAGAGACAGUCAAAAUUCUCUACGACUACGAGCUGACCAAUGCGCCGGGAAAAUCUCUGAUUGCUCUUGAAGUCUCAUUCCCUCCCAACGGCUUUACUCCUCCACAUCGCCAUGCGGGUGCAACAGUCGUGGCCAUUGUCACAGAAGGCGAGAUUCUCAGCGGUAUGAAUGGUAACCCUCCGCAGGUAUACAACGUGGGCGAAUCGUUUCGCGAACUACCUGGCUGUCACCAUACUGUAGGCGAAAAUAACAGCACCGAGCGGCCCGCAAAGUUGGUUGCAACGUUUGUUGUUGAUACGUCUGUAGUCGAGAAGGGCGGCUACGAAGCUCUGACCCAGCUAGACCAAGACUAGUGAUAGAAACCCUUUAUGGGUUCUCAAGGCUAUUCUAAUAUCACACAGUGAAACUACUAGUUGAACUGAGUGGGUUGAGUCCUCCAACCGAGUCAGUUGGAUACAGAACCAGUCCAGUUAACGCUCCAUCCAGUUGAGUUAUGGAUGCCACUCAGUUGGACUGUCAGUUGGACUGGAUUACUAUAUUUAGCUACCGAUAGUAUUUGCUGACCCUUAAAAAGAGUUGCCUGUAAAAUAUGCUCGCUUCUAUCUUUUUAUAAUAGUGUAUUUUUCUGAAUAUAAUCACUUUACACUUCGC